AUGGAAUUAAGUCGUUCAAAGUUUACCUACGAAUGCGUUUCCAACUCGAUAGAACAAGGUGUGAUCGAAGAUAUCAAUGCAGUGUUUCCAGUCUUGGGUGGUUUAACGUUGCUUCACAUAGCAACUUUCAAUAAUGAUAAAAAAUUAGUGGACUAUCUGCUCCGCAAAGGAGCUGAUAUAAAUUCAAAAAGUAAAUUCUGGGGUACAGUUCUUAAUAUUGCUGUUAUAGUGAAUAACCUGACAAUAAUUCAAAGCCUAAUAAGCUUUGGAGCAGACGUUAGUAAUAUUAAUCAUCAAAUUGAGUUCUCUGAAUUAAGUUAUUUCAUGAAUGCAGUUGAACAAUAUAGUAAAGAAAUUCCUGAGUUAUUAUUACCAUGUCUUGUCAGUCUGAGUACGACAUUAGUUUCUGGUCAUUUAGCUUCUACCGCUGUACCAUUAAAUAUCGCAAUUAAUGGAAUGAAUGUAAAAAUGGUAAAACUACUUUUAAAAAAUAAUGCUGAUCUGAAUCCUGAUGCUGAUAGAUAUGGAGCACCACUAAUCAUUGCUACUAUUAAUGGUAAUCAACCAAUUAUAAAACUUCUUCUGGCCUAUGGUUCAGAUGUUAAUAUUGUAAAGAAAUUUUUAGGAGAAAGUCCUCUACGUAUUGUUGUCCAAAAGCAAAACUCGAAAGCAGAAAAAUUGUUCUUAAAUCAUGAUAUGACUGAUAUAAAUAUAGUGACAGAUUGUAAAGAUUCAGCACUUCAUUACGGAAUUAUGUAUGCGACUGGCGAUAAUAUCAUAAGGCAACUUCUUGAUGCUGGUAUUGAUGUUAAUUUAAAAAACAGUGAUGGUAAAACAGCAUUUACUUCAAGACUAAAUAAUUCAAAAAAAGUUAAUGAUGCAAUUACGAAACAUAUUGCAAAAUGUAGUGCGGCGAAUUUUUAUGUCAAUAAAGAGAAUUUAGCAGUCGUAAAUAGUGAAAAAUUUAGCGAAUUACGCGACCAGUGCAUAAGCGAAAUUGAAAAAAUGAAGAUAACGUUUGUUGGUACAAUGAUAGUACACGGAAAGAAUUUCCGUAUGACUAUUGCCUAG